AUGGGCGCUGCAAGACUCCUCAAUUCUUCUCGUCUGCGCCAGACAGCUCUUCUCGCGGCUGCCUGCGCUGGAGUUCACAGCGCCACACGAAGAUCUCCUCUGGUCAGGCUCGACAGUCCAUCGGGCACUCACAUUCCUCAAGAUGCCUCUCUCGUGUCCUAUACUCGUCGCAAGCAAAACGACCGCGCCCAAGCUGAAGAUGCCAAGCAUGCCGCCACACCCGGCGAUGUCCAGCCCAUCGGCAAAGCCAACGAUCUUGAACACUACACCCCUGCUUUCGAACCGGACGAUGAGAACUCAUGGGCCGUCUUCUCCCGGAACUUUCAAAACUUCAGGGAGGGCAUUGCGAGCAUAGAGUGGAGUUCCAUCCCCGACAAGAUCACCGACUUUGUGCUACCCAGCUGGGCCAAACUGCUCCCAGAGGGAAUUCAAAAAUUACAGCUCGAACUGUCCAUGCAGCCAGGCUCUCUGGCUGAUGAAAUAUGGCAAGAGGCCCACGAUCCAGAGAUCAAUCCCGAGAUUCUGUGGAAUGCCACAGUCCGGGUGGGGGACACACUGGGUCCCGAUGAACUCGAGUUCCGCCGCAAGAGGAAAGAGCGUGUAGUGAAGGCUUUGGCAAAAUAUUUGGACAUCAACGAGACAGAGAUCCACCCUGAUGAUGUCCCUACCAUUGCUAUGUGCGGAAGCGGAGGUGGCUUGCGAGCAAUGGUUGCCGGGACAAGCAGCUAUUUGAGUGCCCAGGAUGCUGGACUCUUUGACUGCGUGACCUAUAUGGCCGGAGUGAGUGGAAGUUGUUGGCUCCAGUCGCUCUUCUUCUCUUCGCUCGGCAAACAGGAUUUCAGAAGUCUCCUGAAGCACCUCAAGGCACGCCUAGGGACUCACAUUGCCUUUCCUCCCGCGGCAUUGAAAUUGGUCACGAGCGCCCCGACGAACAAGUUCAUCCUCAGUGGUUUCAUCGAGAAAAUAAAGGGCGACCCCGGCGCAUCCUUCGGCUUGGUUGACGUUUACAGCCUUCUGCUCGCUGCUCGGCUUCUCGUCCCUCAUGGCGACCUGGAUGUUCAUGAUCAGGAUUUGAAGCUGUCGAACCAGCGGAUGUACCUCGCAAAUGGCGAAUACCCACUACCAAUCUAUACCGCUGUUCGACAUGAGAUUCCCGUCGAUGAAGAAGAGAUCGAGGAAGCAAAAGACAACUUGGCACUCAAGGAGGAGAUCAAGGAUAAAGCACAAAAGGAAGCUUGGUUUCAGUGGUUCGAGAUGCAUCCGUGGGAAGUCUGGUGUGAAGAGUUUGGUGCUGGGAUCCCUACAUGGAGCCUAGGCAGACCAUUCAACAAGGGUCAGAAUCAACUUCUUGACACCGGAGUGGCCUUGCCGGAAAUUCGUCAAAGUCUUCUCUUGGGAGUUUGGGGCUCCGCGUUCUGUGCCACAUUGUCGCACUAUUACAAGGAGAUCAAACCAGCCUUGGUCGGCAUCGUUGGCUUUGGAGGCUUGGAUGGUCUCCUGGAGGAAAAGAACGACGACCUGAUGAAGAUCCACCCAAUCGACCCAGCGACGUUUCCAAACUUUGUUUACGGUAUGAAAGAUCAACUCCCGUCCACAUGUCCGGAUUCUGUGUUCAAAAAUGGUCAUCUUCAACUCAUGGACGCUGGAAUGAGUAAUAACUUACCAAUUUACCCACUUUUGCGACCGGGGCGAGACGUCGAAAUUCUCAUUGCUUUCGACGCCUCUGCAGACAUUCAGCGGGAGAAUUGGCUUUCUGUCGUUGACGGCUAUGCCAAACAACGCGGCGUGAAAGGCUGGCCAGUCGGGGCUGGAUGGCCCCAGGCCUCAUCCAAACCACAGGAAAAUGCCUUGGCUUUGGAGGAAGCGCAAGCAACAUCGGCACAGGAAGCGGCCACCAAAGUGGCUGAAGCUCGAGAAGGAAGCCGAGAGGCAAAAGCUUCUGGAUCCAUCGGCAGCAAUGCACCAGAAAGCCCGACAACUGGGCAAAGGCCCGAUGCAGAGACCACUCUAGGUGCAUGCAAUGUGUGGGUUGGGACCAAGGCCGAACGAUCUAUUGAUCGAGAACCACCGCCAUCCAAACGUCUCGCCUGGGAUGACCUCGAUGAUUCGACGUUCCACCUGAUGCACCCUGAAGCUGGCCUAGCAGUUGUCUACUUCCCCCUAAUCCCGAACCCAAAAGUCAAAGGAGUGGAUCCGGACAAGACAGAUUAUAUGUCUACCUGGAACUUUGUCUAUACCCCUGAGCAGAUUGACGACGUGGUGGCGCUAGCGAAAGCGAAUUUCGAAGAAGGCGCCGAUGUGACGAAACAGACGGUGCGCGCCGUAUAUGAGCGGAAGAAGAGGGUGAGGAUGGAGCGCGAGGCAAGGGAGAGGAGAAAGGCGUGGAAGGUGACGUUGAGAGAGCAUGGCGACCAUUUUGGCGGGGCCUGA